GCGCGCUUCCGCUCCCUCGGCGGCCGCCACGGUGUCUUGUCCCUCGGCGGCCGCCGUAUCGGGCACUCCUCCUGUCGCUGUGGGCCCGGUGCUGUGGCGGGCGGCGCGCGCUUUUCAACCGCCAUGAGCCUGUGGGUGGACAAGUACCGUCCCGGGUCCCUGGGCAGGCUGGACUACCACCGCGAGCAGGCGGCGCAGCUCCGCAACCUGGUUCAGUGUGGUGACUUCCCUCAUCUGUUGGUGUAUGGACCAUCAGGAGCUGGAAAAAAGACAAGAAUAAUGUGUUUGUUAAGGGAAUUGUACGGUGCAGGUGUAGAAAAACUGAGGAUUGAGCAUCAGAGUAUAACGGCACCUUCUAAAAAGAAAAUUGAAAUUAGCACCAUUGCAAGUAAUUACCACCUUGAAGUUAACCCAAGUGAUGCAGGAAACAAUGACCGUGUAGUAAUUCAGGAACUCUUGAAGACAGUAGCACAAUCCCAACAGCUUGAGACAAGUACUCAGCGAGAUUUUAAAGUGGUGCUGCUAACAGAAGUCGACAAACUCACUAAAGAUGCUCAGCAUGCUUUGCGAAGAACAAUGGAGAAGUAUAUGGCGACCUGCAGGUUGAUCCUGUGCUGUAAUUCCAUGUCAAAAAUCAUAGGACCUAUUCAAAGCAGAUGCCUGGCUGUGCGAGUGCCUGCUCCCAGCAUUGAAGAUAUCUGCCAGGUCUUGUCCAGUGUGUGUAAGAAAGAAGGCCUGAUUCUUCCUCAGGAGCUGGCUCAAAGGCUUGCAGAGAAAUCUGGCAGGAAUCUUCGGAAAGCACUCCUGAUGUGUGAGUCCUGCAGGGUACAACAGUAUCCUUUUACCGCUGAUCAAGACAUUCCUGAGAUGGACUGGGAAGUUUAUUUGAAAGAAACUGCAAAUGCUAUUGUCAGUCAACAGACACCACAAAGGCUUUUAGAGGUCCGUGGACGGCUUUAUGAACUCCUGACACACUGCAUUCCUCCUGAGAUUAUAAUGAAGGGCCUCCUGACAGAACUUCUGAAUAACUGUGAUGGACAACUGAAAGGAGAAGUUGCACAGAUGGCGGCCUUCUAUGAACACCGCCUACAACUGGGCAGCAAAGCCAUUUAUCAUCUGGAAGCAUUUGUAGCAAAGUUUAUGGCAAUUUACAAGAAGUUUAUGGAGGAUGGACUAGAUGACAUGAUGUUCUAACUCUGAUGCUUGAAGUUGUACAGCAGAUGUUGUGUCAUGAUGCCAGUAAUGUUGCAAAUGUCUACUUGUCCAUGCCUCAUUGCAUGUGGGUUUAGUUCAGAGUCAAAUAUUCUAUUUUGCUAUUAACAUAAAACGCAGUGAACUAAUGUUUAGUUCCGUAUAAAAUACAUUAGCCUUUCAGAAAGACAAGUUGCCUUGGAAAAUAUAUAAGAUCGUAGUUGCUUUGCAGUAUUUGUAAGCUGACAUUAAGAAGGGAGAACAUGGAUGCCGCAUGCUUGCUUUUUGAUUGUUCAUGGGCAAGGCUGUAAGCAAAAGACGUUCUUUCCAUGUUGUGGUAAGUUCCAGUUUGAGCAUGUAUGUUCUGCCUACUGAUUUAUAUACCUCGCUGUUUGUCUGGCUUCUUUUAGCCACACUGUUUUCUGUGGUGUGCUGACACAGGAUGUUUUCUGACCCUUGUUUGUAAGCAGUUGCAUUGAAAUUGUGGAUGAGCAAUACUUCUGUGGUGCUUGUACAUCAGUUUGACAACAUGGAACACUUUGUUUAGAAGGAAUAUACCUAUAAAAAGCAAGGUCACUUGCUGGCUCUCACUUCCAACAUACAUAAUGCUGUUCAGGUAAAGAUCAUUCCUUUGGCUGUGGUUUAAUCAAGGGUAGGGUUUCAACUUUUAACAAAUAUUCUUCCACCUCUUAAAACAGUAUGUGACAUCUUUAAAAUGGCAAAAUAAAUUGUAAAAAUAUGAACAACAAA